CCCUCUACCCUCUCCCCCGCCAGGAUGGGCGCUACAGUGUUUGUGCAGCCACUGGACCUGGUGAAGAACCGCAUGCAGCUGAGUGGGGAGGGCGCCAAAACCCGCGAGUACCGCACCAGCUUCCACGCCGUGGGCAGCAUCCUGCGCCAUGAGGGCAUUCGCGGCAUCUACACCGGGCUGUCGGCGGGGCUGCUGCGCCAGGCCACCUACACAACGACACGGUUGGGCAUCUACACCGUGCUGCUGGAGCGACUGACACGGGACGAUGGUACACCGCCCCCCUUCCUGCUCAAGGCUGCACUGGGGAUGGUGGCCGGUGCUGCUGGCGCUUUCGUGGGCACCCCUGCUGAGGUGGCACUUAUCCGCAUGACAGCAGACGGGCGGCUGCCUCCUGACCAGAGGAGAGGCUACACCAAUGUCUUCAAUGCCCUGGUGCGGAUCACCCGGGAGGAAGGCGUCUUCACACUCUGGAGGGGUUGUGUCCCUACCAUGGCCCGGGCAGUAGUGGUGAACGCGGCACAGCUGGCCUCCUACUCCCAGUCCAAGCAGUUUCUGCUGGACUCUGGCUACUUCCGGGACGACAUCCUUUGCCACUUCUGCGCCAGCAUGAUCAGCGGGCUGGUCACCACGGCUGCAUCCAUGCCCGUUGACAUUGCCAAGACCCGGAUCCAGAACAUGAGGAUGAUUGACGGCAAACCUGAGUAUCGCAAUGGUUUGGAUGUGCUCGCCAAGGUGGUGCGCUAUGAGGGCUUCUUCAGCCUGUGGAAGGGCUUCACACCAUACUAUGCCCGCCUGGGGCCCCACACCGUGCUCACCUUCAUCUUCCUUGAGCAGAUGAACAAGUUCUACCACCAGCUCUUCCUCAGCCCCUGACCCCUCCCCCCCCAGCUUAUUUAUUGCGGGGGGCAACCUUGUCCCUCUGUCUGACCUCAGUAAAGUACCAACUGCG